AAUAGGAAGAGUGAUAUAGAAAAUCCUUCACAAAUUCCAUGGCUCUAAUCUGUGUAAACCUUCGCAAUUUGGCUCUCUUCAUUCUGAAUUUAUCAGUUACAUUAGCAGUUGCUUAUUCUACUGAGAGCAGACAAUAUAUUAGAUCUUCUUAUAGAUUUUCUCAUCAUCAUGAUGUUGAUGGUUUGGGUACAGUCAUUAACGUAUUAGAUUAUGGUGCAGUGGGAGAUGGAGAGCAUGAUGAUACCAAGGCAUUUGGACAGGCAUGGGAUGCAGCUUGUGAUACACCAUCUGCAACUUUACUUGUACCAGGCACUAAAACGUUUCUUGUCAACAACUUAGUUUUCAAGGGAAAGUGUGAGCCUGGCCUUAUUUUUCAGGUGGAUGGAAAUAUAACUGCUCUUGAAGAUCCCAAGGAUUGGGAAAGCAAAAGUGUGUGGUUGCGAUUCGAUUAUCUUGAUCAAUUCACUCUUACAGGAAAUGGCGCCAUUGAUGGCAAUGGAAAUAAGUGGUGGGAUAAUAAAUCCCAAGAAAAGAUCGGAAAAAAAAGUUCUGGUCAUCGGCCAACGGCGAUUCAUUUAAAUGGGUGCAGUGGAGUGGUAAUAAAAGGAUUACUAGUGACAAACAGUCCAAAAUUUCAUUUCACAUUGUCUGGGUGUGAGAACGUCAAAUUUGUGGGUGUUGAAAUAAGGGCACCAGAAGACAGUCCCAACACUGACGGAAUUGAUAUUUUUAGAUCCACAAACAUUCAGAUACAAGACUGUAUCAUUGGAACAGGGGAUGAUUGCGUCGCAUUAGGAAAUGGGGCUUCCGAUAUUGUCAUAAGAAAUCUCACAUGCGGUCCAGGCCAUGGGAUAAGUAUUGGAAGCCUGGGGAAGGAACAGUCAAAAGCAGAGGUCCAGUCUGUGCUUGUUGAUGGGGCCAAGUUAAGAGCAACAAAGAAUGGAUUAAGAAUCAAAACGUUCCCGGGUGGUUCAGGCAUGGCAAGGGAUAUAGUCUUCGAAAAUGUUGAAAUGGUGAAUGCGAAGAAUCCAAUAAUAAUUGAUCAAUACUACUCUUGUUCAUCGGACAGUUGCAGAAAACAGGACUCAGCCGUGCAAAUCAGUAAUGUAACAUUCAGGAGCAUUAGUGGAACAUCAGCAACAGAAGCUGCAAUAAGUCUUGAUUGUACCCACAACAAACCCUGCACAGAUAUAACUUUUAACAAUGUAUCAUUGGCACUAACCUCUGGGGGCAAAGUCAUCAGUGAUUGCCAAAAUGCAAAGGGGCAAAACAUUGGAACUGUAAUUCCUUCAGGUUGUUUGGCUUCUUAAACAUUAAAACUGUUCCACUCACAAACUUUUAUUAUAGUGUUAUAGUAUAUAAUAUCAAAUGAUUCAAUAAAGAAAUAUUUAUAAAUAAUUUUGUAAAAGUUUUGAACUAAGUCUCAGCACCAUCUAGAUAGCCAUUAAAGAUGGUGAAACUUGAAAUUUAUUUUUGUUAUGGGCAUUUUAGUUCUUGAAAUUCUUUUUCGCUAUGGGGCAUUGUAAGCAUUCUAUAAAUUCAUAAAGAGCUGGCAAUUAUAAUCA